AAAAGAAAAUAGAAUAGGAUAAUUCCUCAUCAGCAGUUCUCAUUUAUACUGUAAAAAAAACCUUGCGCAAACAAUGACAUAAAUCGGUGCCUUAUUUUUACCGAGUCAACUCGCUAAUUGAAUCACCUCCACGCGGCCACACCCCGACCCGAUUUGAACCGGCGGUGGUGUUGGAGUCCACCGGUGAUGUUGCCGAGGACAAACGUUCACAGCCGUCGGAUGACUCAAAGGCUCCGCAUAGCGGCAAUCUCAGCCGUUAGAUCGUCCAGGAUCACUCUUCUAUUCUGUUGCUUAACUCUCUUCUUGUUCUUCGUAUUAGCUAGCAAAACGCCGUCGUUUCUCGGUUGGGAACAUGAGGAUUUAUCUCCUGAUUACUACGACGCUUCUAGGAAAGGAUAUGCUCUACUUAUAAACACAUGGAAGAGAAAUGAUCUACUGAAGCGGUCUAUCUCUCACUAUACGUCAUGCCCCGGGCUUGAUUCAAUACAUAUUGUCUGGAGUGAACCUGAUGCUCCUUCGGAAUCACUCACACAAUUUUUAAACCAUGUUGUACAGUCAAAGGCUAUUAAUGGGCGGCAAAUUGAACUAAAAUUUGAUAUAAAUAAGGAAGACAGUUUAAACAAUAGAUUUAAAGAAGUCAGGGAUCUGAAGUUGGACGCUGUCUUCUCUAUUGAUGAUGAUAUAAUAUUUCCAUGCUCUUCAGUAGAACUUGCUUUUAGUGUAUGGCGAAGUGCACCAGACGCAAUGGUCGGCUUUGUUCCACGUAUUCAUUGGGUGGAUCAAUCGAAAGGUAAUACAAAUCAGUUCAUUUAUGGAGGGUGGUGGUCUGUCUGGUGGACGGGUAGAUACAGUAUGGUACUCUCCAAGGCAGCCUUUUUCCACAAAAAGUAUCUUAGUAUGUAUACUAACAACAUGCCAGCAUCAAUAAGAGAAUACACCACCAAAAACAGGAAUUGCGAAGAUAUUGCGAUGUCAUUCCUCGUUGCAAACGUAACAGGUGCACCUCCCAUUUGGGUUAAAGGUAAAAUUAAUGAAAUCGGGUCAACUGGUAUCAGUAGCUUGGGUGGUCACACCGAAAAGAGGACGGAAUGUGUUAAUAGGUUUGUGGCUGAAUACGGACGGAUGCCUUUGAUAUCAACGUCUGUAAAAGCCAUUGAUAGCCGUGACUCCUGGUUUUGGUGAUGGAGAAAUUAUUCAUCCUUUUUGACUUGUGCAAUUUCCACUCUUCCGCAGGAUAUUAUAAACUUCCAUUAGUCCCUAACUGCUAUAAUUUUUGAUGCUAUAGGAUAUAGCUUGUAUGAUAUAAUGCCAUACUUGUAAACGACUACAUAUAUAUUGUGACAGGUUAACAACUCAAGUUACUUAACAAUCCAACUUGUUUGUAAUUUGUAUUUGUAACAAUCACUUGAGCCCAAAAUUUUGACCAAAUAAGGCAUUUCCUUUUUGUAGUAA